CCUGCCCAGAGACUGGGGGGGGGGGGUUACUCCCGCCCCUUGGGAGUUAGGAAGAGGGAGAUGAGGGCAGGAACACGGAGCGAAGGGUGAGGUUGUCCAGGGACACGUUUCGAGGUUGCACCCGCUCGAGGAUGGCUGAUACCGCGUCUCUGUCUGAUCCGCCCGCAUCCGUAGAACUCAGUGGCGACUUCAAGAAGCCAGCCCUGCCAGGGUCCUCGGCGGUACGGGGUAAGGCUUCGGCAGUCAGUCCUGCAGACCCUGAGGAGGUGACGAAGGAACGUCCCACGGUGCUGCCGGAUGCAGAAUCUGGGGAGCCCAAAGCGCUGCCGCUUGAGCCGGACGGCGGGGAGCCGAGGGGCGCCCUGGAGCAGCAGCUGCGUCCCCCCACUGCGGUUUCUUCCCCGGGAGGCCCGGCCCGUGCACCCCCGUACCAAGAGCCUCCGUGGGGCGGCCCGGCCACGGCCCCCUACAGCCUAGAGACACUGAAGGGCGGCACCAUCCUUGGCACCCGUAGCUUGAGAGGAGCGAGUUGCUGCCUUUUCGGGAGGCUGUCGAGCUGCGACAUAUGCCUGGAGCAUCCUUCGGUGUCGCGGUACCACGCCGUGCUGCAGCACAGGGCGCCUGACCAAGGCGGAGACUGCGACGCCCACGGGCAGGGCUUCUAUCUGUACGAUCUGGGAAGUACCCACGGCACUUUUCUCAACAAGACUCGCAUCCCACCCCACACCUAUUGUCGGGUCCACGUCGGACACGUUUUUCGCUUCGGAGGCAGCACUCGGCUCUUUAUCUUGCAGGGCCCAGAGGAAGACCGAGAGGCAGAAUCCGAGUUAACAGUAACACAGUUGAAGGAAUUGAGAAACCAGCAACAAAUGUUACUGGAAAAGAAGAUGCUAGGAGAAGACUCAGAUGAGGAAGAAAUAGAUACCACGGAAAGGAAGGGAAAUACAAGUGGCCAAGAGGAUGACAUGGGCUGCACCUGGGGAAUGGGUGAAGAUGCUGUAGAGGAUGAGGCUGAAGAGAAUCCCAUUGUCUUAGAGUUUCAGCAGGAAAGAGAAGCCUUUUAUAUAAAAGAUCCAAAAAAGGCUCUCCAAGGUUUCUUUGACCGAGAAGGAGAAGAAUUAGAAUAUGAAUUUGAUGAACAAGGACAUAGCACUUGGCUCUGCAGGGUGAGGUUACCAGUGGAUGACUCAACCGGGAAGCAACUGGUGGCAGAGGCCAUUCACUCAGGAAAGAAAAAGGAAGCAAUGAUCCUGUGCUCCCUGGAAGCUUGUCGGAUUCUUGACACCCUGGGAUUGCUGCGGCAGGAAGCAGUAUCUCGGAAAAGGAAAGCCAAGAACUGGGAGGAUGAAGACUUUUACGAUAGUGAUGAUGAUACAUUCCUUGAUCGGACUGGCCUGAUUGAGAAGAAGCGUCUGAACCGAAUGAAAAAGGCUGGGAAGAUUGAUGAGAAGCCAGAGACUUUUGAAUCACUGGUUGCAAAGUUAAACGAUGCUGAGAAGGAACUCUCUGAAAUUUCCGAGAGGCUCAAGGCUUCAAGCAGAGCUCUCUCAGAGUCGGCAUCUCAGGAUUCAUUAGAUGCAUUCAUGUCAGAAAUUAAAUCAGGUAGUGCAUUAGAUGGUGUAUCCCGGAAGAAACUUCACCUGAGAACUUUUGAACUGAGGAAAGAACAACAGAGACUUAAAGGGUUGAUAAAAAUUGUAAAACCAGCAGAGAUUCCUGAACUAAAAAAGACUGAAAGUCAGGCUUCAGAUUCAGGAAACAAAGCUAAGAAGCUUACAUUGCCUCUCUUUGGUGCCAUGAAAGGUGGAAGCAAAUUCAAAUUAAAAACUGGAACAGUUGGGAAGUUGCCCCCUAAGCGGCCAGAACUCCCUCCAACUCUAAUGAGAAUGAAGGAUGAGCCUGAAGUAGAAGAGGAGGAAGACGAGGAAGAGGAGGAAGAGAAAGAAAAAGAGGAGCAUGAGAAGACAAUGGAGGGUGGAAGCAGUGGGCUGCUGCCAGAGACAGAGGCGGCAGCAGGGCAGGAAAUGAGUGCCCCGGCAGGUCCCACGUGUUCUGAGGAAGCAAAGGGUGGUGAGAACAUGCCUCAACUCAGCCAAGUAGAACAGAAUAAAGGUGAUGAAAAGACUAGUGAGACAGCUUCAUCACGAGAGAAGCCCUCAGCAUCAAAGAAUGAAUGUGAGAACAGCACUGAUGAAUUGAAGAAAAAGAAAGUUCCUGGUCCAGGCAAAUUUCUCCCCAUACUUUCUUCGAAAUAUCCUGAAGAUGACCCAGACUACUGUGUGUGGGUUCCACCUGAAGGUCAAAGUGGAGAUGGCAGAACCCAUCUUAAUGACAAGUAUGGCUACUGAUUUCCUCCGACUCCCAAAGGAAGACCUUGGGGACCGUGUACAUAAGACAUUUGGAACGCUCUGUCAGGUUGAGACCAGAGAAGCACAGAUGAUCAUUUGUAAAGUCUGGUGACUGGCCUUUUCUUCCUUGGCUGCUUAAAUUUAUCUGCCCUUCUGAUUCUCCAGAGAUUUUGGUAUUUAUAUCUAAAAGUGUUCGUGUAUAUAUGUAAAAAGGAAACCACAUACUUCGAGAACUAGAAAAGUGAGACAUGUGACUCUUAUAAAAUGAGAAUAUACCAAAA